AUGAAAUAUGGAAAUUUUUUAAUUUUCAACCAAGUUUAUAAAAGAAUUGUAGUUGAUGUAGAUGUUUAUGUUGAUACUGAUGAAUCAGGUUAUGAUGACAAUAGUAGUAUUUUAUUUAAAAUUCAUGAAUAUAUAUCAAAUGAAAAUUCGGAAAUCAUAUCAAAUUUAUUUAAAAUAUUAGAAUUAAAUGAUUUUAUAAUAGAUGGUUAUUAUCCAUACUCUGAAUAUGAUGAAAGUAAGAAAUGCGGUGAAUUAUAUUUUAAUAAUUUAUCAAUUGCUGGUCAUGAUAUAGAAGAAGGUGAAGAUAGAGAAUCAUUAAAGAUAUUGAAAUUUUUCAAAGGUAAAAAUAUAAUUUAUGAUGGAUCAGAUGUUGCUAGUGAUUUUCCAUCACAUGUCAAUUAUUCAGCAAUAUUAGACCUAGAUAAUUCAGGUCAACAAGUUGAAUCAAUUAAAGUACAAAAUGGGCAUAGAUAUGCUGAUUUUGUUGAAGCACAUCAUUUAAUCAAAGUUAAUCAAUUUGAAAAUUUACAUUCAAUUACAAUACCAAUUAAUUCAUUUCAAAUAUUAUCAAACUUAUCGAAAGAAAUGGGAUAUUUUAGUUUUUAUGGAAUUAAUUCAGAUUUUGGUAAUUCAGAUAAUAUGAAAUUGGAAUUAAAUCAAAUGAUCAAUUCAUUCAUUAACAGUAAAUCUUCAAAGAAUUUAAAAAUAACAUCCGUUAAUACAACAGAAGAUCCAAUUGAUUAUUAUGAUUAUUAUGAUGGUGGCAAUCUUCAAACUUUUAUUAAUAAAAUAAAUGAAAGUAAAGAAUCAUUUUCAAAUUCAUUUAAACCAUUAUUUUCAGAGAAUUGA